AUGCCGCAAUGUGUAUUUAAAAGUUGCAAAAAUAAUGCACGAAAAAGAAAUUUUUCGGCCGGAGUGUCUUAUUUUCGCUUUCCUAGUAAUCCGCAUACUUGUGCGGAAUGGAUCUCGAUUGUCGCCAAAGAAAGAAAAGAAGAAUUUUAUAAGCCGGCUAAAACUUCAGUUAUUUGUUCGGAUCACUUUGAUAAAUCGGAUAUUUUCGGAAAUACUAACCGACGUCGAGUGCUUAAAACAGCAGUUCCCAAAUUACAGUUACGCAAUGAAGAGAAUUACUGGGAUGGUGACUUGAAGGCUCCACCCAUCAUAUCUGAUGAAGAUUCAGAGAGCGAAGGUAUCAGUAUCAAAGAAGAGAAGGCUGACGAUUCAUCAGAAUCUGUUUUAAGUGAGCCUACUGUGUACAACACAAGGGCAUUAGAUAAGUUUGCUGCUACAUACAAACUGGAAACCUUUGAAAAAAACUUUCUCGUUAUAUUUAACCAAGAAAACAUAAAUGGCUAUUUGCCUAGAGAGGGAACAGAAAAAGAUGUGGAAGCGCUUCAGAAAACCUUCUCACAAUUUGGAUUCGAGGUCUACGAACAUAAAGACUUUACAAAAGAUGAAAUCAUGGAGGAACUAAAAAUUUUUAAUGAAAAAGAUUUCACCGACUAUGGCUGUGUAGCAGUAGCGGUGCUAACUCACGGGUCUGACGGCGGUUUGCUCCGCGCAAAAGACAUGCAAUACAGUGAAACAGAAAUUAUAAAACAUUUCAAAACCGUCAAAAAUAUAACACUCAUAACAAAGCCGAAAAUAUUAAUUAUACAGGCUUGUCGAGGUACAGGACAAAUUAAAGGAGUAGUUGCAAGACAAGCGAUGAUAGUACACAAAGAUUUGGAUCAACAAGACGAAGCGUACACUUUGCCGCUAGAAUCGGACAUCUUGGUCCUUCAUAGCUCGUACCCCGGUAAUCCUUCACAUAGGGUGAAUUUAUUUGGAUCGUGGUAUAUUCAGACGUUGUGUGCAGAAAUAAAUAAAAAUGCUCGGAAAAUGGACCUUGAAGCAAUAAUAACUGAUGUGAAGAGAAAGGUUGCUAUCGACAUGGGUCAUGAGGUUUACAACAGACAGACGGAAGAAUGGGAUAUAAAUAAACAGAUGCCCGUACUAAUGUCCACUUUAAUUAGAAAAUUGUAUCUUAGAAAAUUUGGGCAAAACCCCACGUUUGCUGAUGACAACACAGAAGACACUGAAGUGGAACCUCCAUCACCAAUGUUAGUCACAUUUGAAUCUUGCUCAUGCUAUUUAGACCAUUUCGUAUAUUUGCAGAAGUGUUUGAGGUAUAUAGUAGAGGAAAAUCCAGAUGAUAAAGUAGCAAAAUCAUAUCUAGACAUAUGCGACACGUUUGGCGAAGGUUCUCAAUUUAAUAUUGCUAAGGAAAAAAUGACUCAACUUAUCUCUGACCACCUUUCAAGUACGGCGCAACAUUCCGAAUACUUCAAAUAUUUAUAUAUUAAUACAGCAAAACCUAUAGAGGAAAGAUUAGUACAACUG